AUGAAGAUUGUAAUUCUACUCCUUUCUCUUCUGGGGCUGGCAAUCUCUUUACCAGUGAACCAAAUGGGCAGACUCCUUGCUACAAGCAACAGCAGAGAGAUACUACGACUGAUGCAAAGAUACAAAGCCAUGGGGAACAAUCCGCAGCAAACACAGCAAAGGCCAAGAUUGGGGCCUGGAUUGCCUCCAGCAAAGCUGGUUCCAGAUCAGAAUCCAUCAGUAAACCAGGUGCCCAAUGAGCAGGUUGCUCCACUUGAAUGGACGUUUGCAAAUUUCCCAGUUACUUCCAAUUUCCCACAAAACCCACCAGAGCUGGGAGGGCCAAACAUGCAAAACUUUCCUGGCUAUAAUGUACUACCGUUCACCCAGAUGCUCCCAUUGGACCUUAAUUCUCUUGCUAUCCUAUUGGGGGCAUUGACACUUCCUCAGACGCUGCCUGUAGCGGGCGUUGGAACAACUAUGCCACAACAGCUGCUGCCACCCCAAUCGAUGCUUCCAAUUAUAGUUGCGCAAAUGGGGCCACAGGGUGCAGUGCUCAGUUCUGAAGAAAUGCCACCACAGUCGCAGAUCGUUGGGGUUCUAGUCCCUGGAGGAGGAUUCUUCCCUUUGGGCCAGGCCCUUCCUGAAGGUCAAGAAGAUCUUCUUCCAGCAAACCAGGCUGGUUCUAAUCCGGGCAACCUACCAUUUCCAGAGGGCACAGCAGCAGCCAUCCAGAAGAUUUCUCCAACAGCAAGUGAUGGCCUGAGCGAGGUUGCAAGCGGGUUAUACCCAACCCCCUCGGGCUUCAGACAGCCAGGCCCUGUGACGAAUGGUGUGUUUGCCGAACCAACUGCUGGCAUGAAUAUGGAGCCGAGUGAACUCCGGGAACCGCCUACGUCUCUCGUAAGACUUGAUAAGGACAAUAAUGGGAAGCAGCAGCACAAUCUGUCUCGGUCACAUGUGAGAGGAGACAGCUACGUGCCAUUAAGCACCGUGGCGAGUAAGCCAUUGAAAGAACCAUAAAGGGAGACCUCUCAAUUAUCAUGUCUUCUGUGUAUUGUAUAUCGUAUGCAGAUGCUAACAUGUGCGUGGUAACUGAGUUGAAAUUUGCGCUAGGGGUGGUUGGAGGAUUUUUUGUUUUUUUUGAAAAAAUAGUAAUCAUUAUGGAUUGUAUCUAACAUUAAUCCUGCUUAGAGGAGACCCAAUGACAUUAAUGGACACGAGCAACUUAGGCCCCUCAACUUUAGUGGGUCUUAGUUGGAUACAGCCUUACUAGUUGGAAAAUUUGGAAAUUCCCAUUCCAGAAAGGGAAAUACUCUUUUAACAGCCUUAUAACAAUGCUUAGCAGCUUUUAAUUCCGGCUCUAGAGCUUAAUGACGACAGGUUGAGUUGGGUGAUACAUAUUUUAAGAAAGAUUAUCGUGAGAAUCUUUUUAUUUAGUUUCAUGCCUCUUUACAGUGAGAUCCUUUUUCAUAAAGAUUCUCUUAUAUACAGGGAGGAAUCUUCACUUGCAGGGGUUCCAUUUAGGGAGGGAAACCAGAAUCUCCCUUUUCCCUUUUCCAGACACUCUGCAAUAAUUCAUUGGAAGCAUAGAUCCGUAGCCUGCAAACGAGUUCCAUAUACUGAGCGGCUAUUGUGAUAAAUGAUUAAUGGCCAAAUUACACAUGUGAGCAGAAGACCUGAGUUUUUAAUCAUAGGAACUGCCCAAAUCACAUGUAAAAGGGUGCCAUUUAAAGUACAAAAGUGGUGUAUGAGGUCCUCUAUGCUGUUUUUGUCCUCAACUAAGUCUGCAGGGGCCACAUGCCAGUUCCUGCCUGCUAGGGAUAAGACUUGAAAAAAUGCUUCAUUACCACUUUCUUAUAUGAUGCAAAGCCAAAAAAACCAAAUUAUAAAUUCAUGGGAGAUGUAUCCUGCUGAAGAUAUCAGAUAAUGAGAGACUGUCCAUCAAAGAACACAUUCAUUAUAUUUCACGAUUUGACAUGACGUGGUGAACAGUGUGCCACAAAUGUCCCUUUCCUCAUUGUGCCAUAUUGCAUCUGAUAGCAAUUUCUGGCAGCAAUGCAUAA